AUGGCGUCCGAACUGAUUCAUAGAAACCAGAAACAACAAUCACCAACUCUAACUCCACGAACCAAUCCUCCAACCCCUGCCGGAAACUGGAAAACCCCAUUCCGUUACAUGGCUCAGAAACAGCGUUUCUUCUUUGUUCUUGUCGGGAUCGCCAUUGCUGCUCUGUUUUUCAACACGUUCCCUUUUUCGACGUCGUUGCUUCAACAACCGAGCGGCGGCGGCGGCUUAGACGUUGGUUUGGUGUCCGAGUCGGGUUCUAUGACUCGGAGAGUGCUUUAUGAAGCUUACAACGAGGGUUUUCGAGGGAGGAACGUGGCCGGGAAAGUGCCAUUGGGGGUGAGGAAGAAGAACAUGAGGAUUGUAGUUACGGGUGGAGCUGGGUUCGUGGGGAGCCACCUUGUGGACCGUUUGAUCGCGAGAGGUGAUAGUGUGAUCGUUGUCGAUAAUUUCUUUACCGGACGGAAAGAGAAUUUGAUGCACCACUUUGGGAAUCCGAGGUUUGAGCUCAUCAGACAUGAUGUUGUGGAACCCAUUCUGUUGGAAGUUGAUGAAAUCUAUCACUUGGCUUGCCCUGCUUCCCCUGUUCAUUACAAGUUCAAUCCUGUCAAGACCAUUAAGACGAAUGUGGUAGGAACAUUGAACAUGCUAGGGCUUGCAAAAAGAGUUGGUGCCCGUUUCUUGCUAACCAGCACCAGUGAGGUCUAUGGUGAUCCUUUGCAGCAUCCCCAGGUUGAGACCUAUUGGGGCAAUGUCAAUCCCAUUGGCGUACGGAGUUGCUACGAUGAGGGCAAACGGACUGCAGAGACCUUGACCAUGGACUACCAUAGAAGCCUUGGCAUUGAGGUGAGAAUUGCUCGGAUUUUUAACACGUACGGACCGCGAAUGUGCAUCGAUGAUGGUCGGGUUGUCAGCAACUUUGUAGCCCAAGCAUUAAGGAAAGAGCCGAUGACUGUCUAUGGUGAUGGAAAGCAAACUAGGAGUUUCCAAUAUGUUUCAGACCUAGUGGAGGGUCUAAUACGGUUGAUGGAAGGUGAUCACGUAGGUCCUUUCAAUCUGGGAAACCCCGGCGAAUUCACCAUGCUCGAACUCGCCGAGGUGGUACAGGAAGCAAUAGAUCCGAAUGCGAAAAUAGAAUUCAAACCAAACACAGAAGACGAUCCACACAAGAGGAAACCGGACAUCUCAAAGGCCAAACAGCUUCUUGGUUGGGAACCGACCAUUUCCCUACGCAAGGGACUUCCAUUAAUGGUGAAUGAUUUCAGGCAAAGAAUCUUUGGUAACCCAAAGACAGUUCUUGUCGGAGGUGGUGCAACGGCCUAAUAACCAUACUUGUUAUUACAUUAUUAUUAGAUAAAACAUUUUUGGAUCUUAGCUUAUAUUAUAUUUUACUU